GCAUGCACUAAACACGCGUGCAUCCCGUCCAUGCAAUAAUAAAACUUUGGAAACGAAACUUCCUCUCCAAAUGCAUGAACCCGACACCCCCCCAUUCAAGUGCCUUUCUCCUAUAUAAACCCCCCCACAAUAUCUCUUCCUUCAUCCGACCAGAUCCCAACACUCAACCACCAAUAACUAUAAACCAACUACCGCACCCCCAAAAAUCACCAAAAUGCCAUCCUCUUCCCCCUCCCUCACCAUCACCUCCAAAUCCACCGUCUACCCCUCCACCCCCACCCCCGCCGCCGCCCCGCCGCCGCCGCCGCCCCCUCUGAAGCUCUCGGUCUCCGACCUCCCGAUGCUCUCCUGCCACUACAUCCAGAAGGGCGUCCUCCUCUCCGACCCCCUCUCCUCGUUCUCCGACCUCAUCCUCCUCCUCAAGCGGGCCCUCUCCCUCGCCCUCUCCCACUUCCCCGCCCUCGCCGGCCGCCUCUCCACCGACCUCGGCCACGUCCACAUUCUCUGCAACGACGCCGGCGUCGACUUCAUCGAGGCCAGGGCCAAGCACCUCACCGUCCGCGGCGUCCUCUCCCCCGACAGGGACGUCCCGGACUGCGUCAAGCAGUUCUUCGCCUUCGACCGCACCGUCAGCUACAACGGCCACUUCCUCCCGCUGCUCGCCGUCCAGGUCACCGAGCUGGCCGACGGCGUCUUCGUCGGCUGCACUGUCAACCACGCCGUCACGGACGGGACUUCAUUCUGGCACUUCUUCAACUCGUUCGCCGAGGCCGCCCGGGGCUCGAAGCGGCCCUCGAAUUCCCCGGACUUCUGCCGCGACAACGCGUUCGUCUCGCCUUCCGCGGUCCUCCGCCUCCCCGCCGGCGGCCCCGCCGUGACGUUCUCCCAGCACGAGCCGCUGCGCGAGCGGAUCUUCCACUUCAGCCGAGCCGCGAUCCUGAAGAUGAAGUCAGUAGCCAACGGCGCCGGCGUCUCCCCGGCGGUGGCCGAGAUCAUGGGGAAGCGUAGCAACGACGGCUUCCUGGCCGGGAACGGGAAGGUAGCACCGACGGAGAUAUCGUCGUUCCAGUCGCUGUGCGGGCAGCUGUGGCGGAGCGUCACGCGCGCGAGGAAGCUGGCCCCGUCCAAGACGUCGACGUUCCGGAUGGCGGUCAACUGUCGCCACCGGAUCGAGCCGCGGAUCGAGCCGUACUACUUCGGCAACGCGAUCCAGAGCAUCCCGACCGCCGCGCCCGCCGGGGAGCUGCUGUCCCGCGACCUGGCCUGGUCCGCGGGGCUGCUGCACCGGAACGUCGUCGCGCACGGCGACGCCACGGUGCGGCGGGGCGUGGAGGCCUGGGAGAGGGAGCCGCGGCUUCCGCUGGGCAACUUCGACGGCGCGUCGAUCACGAUGGGCUCCCCGCGGUUCCCCAUGUACGCGAACGACUUCGGGUGGGGGCGGCCCCUGGCGGUGAGGAGCGGCAGGGCGAACAAGUUCGACGGCAAGAUCUCGGCGUUCCCCGGCCGGGAGGGCGGCGGGUCCGUCGACCUCGAGGUGGUGCUGGCGCCGGCGACGAUGGCGGGGCUCGAGAACGACGCGGAGUUCAUGCAGUACGUCUCGUCCGUCGGGUGAAGAACAAAGAAGAUAAGGGAAAAAAAAAAAAUCUUGGAAAAAUGAGUGACGUGGCUGCCACCGCAAAAGAUCAUAUCUUCUUGUGAUUGACCGUAGAUAUUUUUCCAGAUUCAACAGUGACACGUGUCGAAAACCCGAUGGUCGUCUGCGGUCAGUGUUUGCUUGGACGUUGACUUGAUCGGAAAAUUCCAAGUGAUUUGGGAAACUUAUCUCCUCAUUUAUCUCAAAUUUAGAGACUAAAUCCCAAGUAAUUUAUCGAGUGAUUGAUCUUUAUCAACACGCUAUCUUUCAAUA